AUGGGUAACCGCGCGGGCCGCACCGACUUCGAGUGGGUCUACACCGACCAGCCGCACACGCAGCGGCGCAAAGAGAUGCUCGCCAAGUACCCGGCCCUCAAGGCCCUGAUGCGGCCGGACCCUCGGCUCAAGUGGACGGUGCUGGGGCUGGUGCUGGUGCAGCUGCUGGCCUGCCGGCUGGCGCGGGACCUGCCGUGGCGCUGGCUGCUCUUCUGGGCCUACGCCUUCGGCGGCUGCAUCAACCACGCGCUGACACUGGCCAUCCACGACAUCUCGCACAACGCGGCCUUCGGCUCGGGCCGCGCGGGGCACAACCGCUGGCUCGCCGUGUUCGCCAACCUGCCCGUGGGCCUGCCCUAUGCCGCCUCCUUCAAGAAGUACCACGUGGACCACCACCGCUACCUGGGUGGCCACGGGCUGGACGUGGACGUGCCCACGCGCCUGGAGGGCUGGCUCUUCUGCACGCCGGCGCGCAAGCUGCUCUGGCUGCUGCUGCAGCCCUUCUUCUACUCGCUGCGGCCGCUCUGCGUGCACCCCAAGGCCGUGACCCGCAUGGAGGUGCUCAACGCCCUGGUGCAGCUGGCCGCCGACGCCGCCCUCUUCACCCUGUGGGGGCUCAAGCCCGUGGUCUACCUGCUGGCCAGCUCCCUGCUGGGCCUCGGCCUGCACCCCAUCUCGGGCCACUUCGUGGCCGAGCACUACAUGUUCGUCAAGGGCCACGAGACGUACUCCUACUACGGGCCCCUCAACUGGAUCACCUUCAACGCGGGCUACCACGUGGAGCACCACGACUUCCCCAGCAUCCCGGGCUGCAACCUGCCCCUGGUGAGGAAGAUUGCUCCCGAGUACUACGACCACCUGCCUCAGCACCACUCGUGGGUGAAGGUGCUCUGGGAUUUCGUGCUCAAGGACUCCCUGGGGCCCUACGCCAGGGUGAAGCGGGUGUGCAGGCUGGCCGAGGACGGUCUGUGA